AUGAGAUUUUCGCCGCAACGCAACCCGGAUGCUGGUGUUGUUGUCCAUCGGAAGAUACUUGUAAUGGAUCACUUCCUAAGCGGCCUAGACGCUGGACCGAGCCCAUGGUAUGCAUCCCGUCCCCCAGUGUCUAGCCAUGCCCAUGAGUUUGCGAUUGGCACGAGUUCUUUCCAGUUGAUACCGAUCACUGGCAGUAACAGCCACACUCCGAGUAGCCAUACUUCAUAUAGUACAAGCAACACACUGAAUUCUCACUCAGCCUUCAGAUCUCCUGCAGACCCCAAGGUUAAGUCUGAGGUCAAAGAUGAUGAUGACAGUCGGGAAAGUAAAUCGCCAACACCUUCUGUAGCCCUCACCCCUUUAUCAACCAACAUGGCUCACCAUAGCCACAAGGCAAAAAACAGUAAGUUCUUUUUGCUGUUGUAUCAGGAGUUGAAGUAG